AUGUCAUCACUACCACACGCCGAUGCCGUUGAUGAAAAGCUGUCGAUGAAGACAAGUAGCGACUCAGACUUGAAUGAGUCUGAGACACAUAGCUAUGGACGACAGCUCGAAGAAGCCCGCAUUGCCCACACCCAAGCCAACACGCCUCUGCAGACUGGUGUCAAUGUUGAACAGGCCGAGCAAGAUUUCUUGGAGCUGAACAGACAAUUCUCCAGCUCGCAUCAAGCCCGCAGAUUAUCGCAACAAGUAUCUCGUGUUUCCAAAUCUGGUGCUACUGCAGAUGUUGAAAAGGCUGCGAGUUCGACCGAAACAAAUGAGUCCUGGGACCUGGAGACUGCACUGCAUGGCCAGCAUGCCGCCGAAGAAGAAGCUGGAAUUAAAGACAAGCAUAUUGGUGUAAUCUGGGAUAACCUCUCUGUCCGCGGAAUUGGUGGCGUCAAGACAAUCAUCAAGACGUUCCCAGAUGCCAUCAUUGACUUUCUGAAUGUCCCGGCCAUGGUUAUGGAUCUUUUCGGGUGGGGAAAAAAAGGACAAGAAGUAAACAUCCUGGAAGGCUUCCGGGGUCUCACACGACCUGGCGAAAUGGUGCUGGUCCUUGGACGUCCUGGCUCAGGCUGUACGUCUUUUCUGAAAGUCAUCUCCAACCAGCGAGUCGGAUAUACUGCGAUCGAUGGAGAAGUUCUUUAUGGUCCGUAUGAACACGACGAGUUCGCCAAAAGGUUCCGUGGAGAAUCUGUGUACAACCAAGAGGAUGAUAUCCACCAGCCUACCUUGACAGUUAAGCAAACCCUCGGUUUUGCUCUGGACACAAAAACCCCUGGGAAACGACCAUUUGGAGUUUCGAAGGCUGAGUUCAAGGAAAGAGUCAUCAACAUGUUGCUGAAGAUGUUCAACAUUGAGCAUACGGCGAAUACUGUGAUCGGUAACAUGUUCAUUCGCGGUGUUUCUGGAGGUGAAAGACGUCGAGUCUCAAUUGCAGAGAUGAUGAUCACCUCAGGAACAGUCUUGGCCUGGGAUAACAGCACUCGCGGACUGGAUGCUUCGACCGCCCUUGAUUUUGCCAAAUCACUUCGCAUCUUGACCAACAUCUACAAAACCACCACCUUCGUGUCGCUCUAUCAAGCAUCCGAGAACAUAUACAAGCAGUUCGACAAAGUUCUUGUGAUUGACAGCGGCCGUCAAGUAUUCUUCGGCCCAACAGCGGAAGCAAGAGCCUACUUCGAAGGCCUCGGGUUCCGCGAAAAGCCUCGUCAAACUACCCCUGAUUACCUGACAGGAACUACCGAUCCCUUUGAAAGAGAAUUCAAGGAUGGCAGAAGCGCCGAAAAUGUACCUUCGACGCCGGAUGCGUUGGCCAAGGCCUUUAACACAUCCGUGUAUAGCGAAAGACUAGACCAGGACAUGAAGUCUUACCGUGCUCAAAUUGCACACCAGAAGCAAAUUCAUGACGAUUUUGAGAUCGCCAACAAGGAAGCAAAGCGAAAGUUUACCCCAAACUCAUCGGUGUACUCAAUUCCCUUCCAUAUUCAAAUUUGGGCCUUGAUGCAACGACAGUUUCUUCUCAAAUGGCAGGACAAGUUUGCCAUGACCGUUUCUUGGAUCACCUCUAUUGGUAUUGCUAUCAUAUUAGGUACUGUGUGGCUCAACUCCCCAACGACCAGUGCUGGUGCUUUUACCAGAGGUGGUCUAUUGUUCAUCAGUCUGCUCUUCAAUGGAUUCCAAGCGUUCUCCGAGCUUGCAUCGACCAUGAUGGGUCGCUCAAUCGUCAAUAAACACCGGUCUUUCGCCUUUUACAGACCUAGCGCACUUUUCAUCGCACAGAUCAUUGUUGACACAACGUUUGCGAUCGCAAGAAUUCUCGUAUUCAGCAUAAUAGUGUACUUCAUGUGUGGAUUGGUCCGCGAUGCUGGAGCUUUCUUCACGUUUGUUUUAAUCAUUCUCGAGGGUUAUGUGACAAUGACGGUAUUCUUCCGAACCGUGGGCUGUCUUUGUCCCGACUUUGAUUCCGCUAUCAAAUUUGCCUCGGUCAUUAUCACUCUGUUUGUCUUGACCUCUGGAUAUCUCAUUCAGUGGUCUGGCGCCCAGGUAUGGCUGCGGUGGAUUUACUAUAUCAAUCCCUUCGGUCUUGGAUUUGCAUCUUUGAUGGUGAAUGAGUUCAAACGAUUGACUAUGACGUGCACGAAAGAAUCCCUCGUUCCCACCGGUCCUGGCUAUGAUGACAUUGCUCACCAAGUCUGUACUUUAGCUGGAGGCGAGCCUGGAUCCGCAAUCAUCCCAGGAGCCAACUAUGUCGCACAGACGUUCAGCUAUUUAAAAGGUGAUUUAUGGCGGAAUUUUGGUAUUAUGAUUGCCCUUAUCAUCGGCUUCCUUGGAACAAAUCUGUACUUUGGAGAAAUUCUUCAGUUUGAGGCAGGUGGAAAGACUAUCACCUUCUAUCAAAAGGAGAAUGCCGAGCGAAAAGCGCUCAAUGAGGAUCUGAUGGCGAAGAAGGCCAACCGGCAAUCCAAGACUCUCGAUAUGGGAUCAAACUUGGAUAUCAGCUCGAAAUCCGUGUUCACAUGGGAAGAUGUUUCUUACGAAGUGCCUGUUCCCUCGGGUACUCGACGUCUGCUAAACUCUGUCUAUGGCUAUGUCCAACCCGGAAAGUUGACAGCACUCAUGGGUGCCUCCGGUGCAGGAAAGACGACACUGCUUGAUGUUUUGGCCGCAAGAAAGAACAUUGGUGUUGUCAGAGGAGACAUCCUUGUCGACGGCAAGCCUCCUGGCACCUCAUUCCAGCGAGGAACAUCCUACGCCGAGCAGCUUGAUGUCCAUGAAGCUAUGCAGACUGUGCGAGAAGCGCUGCGAUUUUCUGCAGAUCUACGCCAACCAUUUGAAACCCCACAAUCCGAGAAAUACGCUUAUGUUGAGGAAAUUCUUAAUCUUUUGGAAUUAGAGAAUCUGGCAGAUGCAAUCAUUGGAACUCCUGAUACCGGUCUUUCGGUAGAAGAGAGAAAGCGCGUUACCAUCGGCGUCGAAUUGGCCGCGAAGCCUGAGCUUCUGCUCUUCUUGGACGAACCCACCUCCGGUCUGGACGGUCAAUCUGCUUGGAAUAUUGUACGUUUCCUUCGCAAGCUUUCAGCAGCAGGCCAGGCCAUUCUUUGUACGAUUCACCAGCCGAACUCUGCACUUUUUGAGAAUUUUGAUCGUCUUUUGCUGCUUCAGCGAGGGGGCGAAACUAUCUACUGCGGUGACAUUGGUCAUGACUCUCAUAUCUUGUUGGACUACUUCCGCCGUAAUGGUGCAGACUGCCCUGCAGAUGCCAACCCUGCCGAGUGGAUGCUUGAUGCCAUCGGUGCUGGUCAAACACGUCGGAUUGGAGACCGUGACUGGGGUGACAUCUGGCGAACUUCUCCAGAAUUAGAGAAUCUCAAGCAAGAGAUCGUCCAAAUCAAAGCCAACCGUGCUCAGUUUGUUCAAAACAACAAAGAUGACGCCGAAGUGGAAAAGGAGUAUGCCUCACCUCUUUGGCAUCAGAUUAAGGUCGUUGGUCGACGAACCCAUCUCGUCUUCUGGCGCUCCAAGAACUACGGAUUUACUCGGCUUUACACCCAUGUUGUCAUUGCUAUCAUCACUGGUCUUGCUUUCCUUAACCUGGAUGACUCCAGAUCCUCGCUUCAAUAUCGCAUCUUCGUCAUCUUCAACGUGACUGUCCUCCCCGCUAUCAUCCUCCAGAUGGUCCAGCCACGAUAUGAUAUGUCGCGUUUGAUUUUCUACCGCGAGUCAGCAUCGAAGACGUACAGUCAGUUUGCGUUUUCUCUCUCAAUGGUCAUCGCCGAAAUGCCUUACAGCAUUCUGUGUGCUGUCUGUUUCUUCGUCCCGCUAUACUAUAUCCCCGGUUUCCAGUCCGACUCGAGCCGAGCCGGGUACCAAUUCUUCAUAAUCUUAAUCACCGAGGUCUUUUCCGUGACUUUGGGCCAGAUGAUCUCGGCCCUGACACCCAACAGCCUGAUUGCCUCCCAGAUGAAUCCGCCAAUCACCAUCAUCUUCUCUCUUUUCUGUGGUGUAGCGAUCCCCAAACCGCAGAUGCCAGGGUUCUGGCGCGCGUGGCUGUAUCAACUCGACCCGUUUACUCGCUUGAUUGGAGGAAUGGUUGUCACUGAACUACACGGGCGUGAUGUUGUCUGUUCGGCAGCUGAACUGAAUCAUUUCACGGCUCCCUCAAAUCUCACCUGUGGUGAAUACAUGAAACCUUUCUUUGAUCGUGGUGGCAACGGCUAUCUUGUUGAUGAGGCCACACAGGCUUGCAAGUACUGUGCAUACAAGGUUGGUGAUCAGUUUUAUGCGGCAUUUAGCAUGUACUUUGAUCACCGAUGGAGGGAUCUGGGCAUCUUUGCUGCGUUCAUCGGGUCCAACUUGAUCAUCUUAUUCCUGGCGUCUCGUUUCCUGAAUUUCAACCGUCGUUAG